AUGGCUACUGCUGCAUCCUCUCUGCAGGCCGCGUCAGGCAAUGAGCGCUUCAACGAUGAAGCGGCCAAAUGGGACAGCAAUCCCUUCGUCCAUGAGGCCAGCAAAGAAGCAUUAAAAGCCAUUUUAGCCAAAUUUCCUGCGCUCAGACGCCCGCCGGGAGAAGAAGACGGGUAUAAUGUCCUAGAGAUCGGCUGCGGCACAGGCCUACUCUCAACUAUUAUGGCACCUUACGCCAAACGGAUAGUGGCUGUCGACGCUGCUCCCGGUAUGAUUGAUGUGCUCAAGUCAAAACUGCAGCAUGCCGAUGCGCCACAAAACAUCACGCCAGUGGCAGUACUGUUGGAGGAUCCCGAAGACAAAAGUCUGCCCCCAGGCGACGAGAAUGACCCAAAUGGGCGCCGGCUAAAGUUUGACCUGGUCACCUCUCAUCUGGUGUUACAUCAUAUUCCAGACCUGAAGAAAGUCUUGACCACCAUGCUAGGGUGCUUGAAAAGCAACGGAUGGGUGGCCCUGACCGAUUUCGAAGACUACGGUCCAGAAGCGAAGAGUUUCCACGCUAAGUCCAAAAUGGGAGGAGUGGAAAGACAUGGGACCAAUAUAAUCGCUAUGGAAAGGCUGAUGAAUGAGGUCGGCUUCGUCAACGUUCGAGUGGAGCAGGCAUGGAGUAUGGACAAAAACGUGGAAAAGUUUGAGGGUGAAUUCGGAGACGCCGGUAAAGCGACUCAACCUGGUCAUGGACAAAUUAAAAGCUUUCCCUUCGUGCUCUGCAUGGGGGAGAAGAAAUAUUGUCAGCCGUGAUGACCUCGGUGGCGGUUAUCUGUGGGAAGCGUGGGGGGCGUUGGGAUGUCUUCUGGAACACGUUCCCUGCACACGUUCUCCGGGGUUUGACACUCGCUGGGCUCGAAGGUCCAUACCACGCCACCGCCGAGCGGCUGGCGGGUGCGGUUGAGGCAGAUGUCGUCCUGAGCUUUUGGGUCUAGCAGUUGAGGGCUUACGCACGGGCAUCAUUUGGUUGUUUUCAGUUCGUAAAGAACCAGAGACACCAGUCUCUUUGAGAAGAUCGGAAUAGCCGAUGAUUGUAUCUGCGAGAGCUGAAUGGCCGGAGAUUUCGAG